GCAUUGAGCCAGAAGCUGACUAAUGGCUUGAGAGUAGCCGCGGAUGUGCUACGGUUUUUGUGACGGAGGGAGUCACCUGAGAGAAAGCUCCUCAGCUCUGCUAUAUAAGACCGAGCAGAUGGGGAGGAGACCAUGAAGAAGCUCCAGAAGCAGGAGAGAAGAACGACAACAAUCAACGCAAAACAAGAUUCCUCUCUCGAACAAUCUGCACAAAAGGAGCACAGGCCGCUCAAACAAUGAAAAGUGCUCAGUCUAUUGCUGGACUUCUGCUCCUUAUCAUCGUCCAAAGCAGCUGGCAGGUGCCUGACCAGGAGACAGACCGAACACCGCUAUUGUUGAGCGAAAACUCCAUUUUAAGUGAUCCGAUCGAGUUCCCAAACAUGAAGAGGCACUCAGAGGGAACGUUUUCCAAUGACUACAGCAAGUACCUGGAGACAAGAAGGGCGCAAGACUUCGUCCAGUGGCUGAAGAAUUCAAAAAGGAAUGGGGGUUUAUUCAGACGCCAUGCAGACGGCACCUACACCAGCGACGUGAGCUCUUACCUGCAGGACCAGGCAGCCAAAGAGUUUGUCUCCUGGCUGAAGACCGGCCGAGGCAGAAGAGACUAAACUCCCCAGGCUGUUGUCGUUCUUAAAAAACGAAGUAGCUAUUUUUUUCACUGAUUCUGUACAAUGACACGUGUCACGACCUGUGCAACACUUUCUCCUGGUAACACAAUUAAAUUCCUCUUCACAAGGAGCCUUACCGGCCUUCAGUGGUUGAAGGAGAUGCUUUUAGAAACAUUUAAAAAUGGAAAAUGUGUUUGGAAAUUUUAUGCCGUGUUAGCUGAUUCUAUGUUUGGUCAUUUUCUUAAUCACGUUACUUUUUUUGGAUUAAAAUGAUGUUCCAAACUUCA